UCAAUAUCUACAACAGCAAAGACAAAAAAUGCGGAUUGAUAAAGAGUAAGCUUGGUCACAUUUUCAGGGCCUACGCCAUGAAUUUGAAGGACCAUAAUCCAUCCACGAUGCUUAUCUUUAAUAAACAGCACAAUACAGAGUACACACACCCAAUGAUUCCUUUUCUUGCAUACCAACAAUAUCAACCAAAAUAACAAUAAAACAAUAAUAACGAUAAUCAUAUAGUGCUUAUGAAAACGAGGUUAUUACGGUUGUUACCGCGGGGAUUCAAACCAUGAAGAUCACGCAAUUCAAAACUUCAUUUAAAAAGCGAAAAAUUAAGAUAUAUUGACCUAAAAGAUGUUACAGCCACAAGAAGACUAGCAAGAAGCAAUUUUCAAGAGUUCUGACGGACGAAUGUCUGUCUACACACAAGUGGAACAGUAGUGGGCCUAAGCUUCUUUGUUGUUGACCCAGAAAGAAGGCAGAAAAUGGCUUCUCAGAUUGAAAAAGAAUUAAAGGAAGUCAACGAAAACCUCCGCUCACUUAAUAAGGCCGUUCUUCGUCUUAACAAAAAACUGGAUUUGAUCGAAACCAACACUCGAGAUGAAAUUAAGAAGAUGACUUGGUACAAGAGGCGAAGUGACUCUGCUGAUGUGUAUGUUCAGUCUAGUAUUGUCAGUGUGGGAGACAUAGACACAGUGAUGCAACAGUUCACUUGUGAAUUCUAUUUGUCAUUAAGGUGGGAAGAGCCAAACUUAAAAAAUAUGGAAGGAAAGGAAGAUGAAAUUGAUUGGAGUAAUCAAUGGGAACCUGGUAUAUAUUUUGUCGACCUAAUGCAAGUUGAAAAAUAUGAAAGAAACGAAGCAGUCACUAAACCGAAAGAGGAAGGUGGUAAUCCAUGGGUGUCGUUCUACUAUCACAUAAGAGGGAGAUUUAAAGAGGUCCUUGAUGUAACCCAUUUUCCAUUUGAUUAUCAGCCAUUGACACUAACAAUAACAACAAGCUGGACAUGGGAUUAUGUUAAUUUGAAAAAGGAUUAUGAAAAAGAUGACAAUAUCCGUACAUGGAAUUUUACUGGCAGAAAUGAGUGGAAGUUAGAACCACAUGUCUUGAAUGAAAGCACUUUUACUUGCAAAGAGCCAGCUGCAUCUGAUAAUAUCUUCCCAAUCUACAAGAUUAAAAUGCAUGCUUUGCGGAAGUAUGGGUAUUUCAUCUACAAUGUAGCACUUAUAAUGGAUUCCCUAACUGCCUUAACUUUAACUGCAUACACAGUUGAAGCAAGUAGCCCAGGUGAGCGUAUGCAGAUAUCACUAACACUGUUGCUUACAUCAAUUGCACUGAAGUUUGUCGUCAAUGGAUUUGUUCCACAGGUUCCAUACCCAACACUGCUAGACAAGUUUAUGCUAUGCUGUAUGGGCUUUCAGUUUCUAGUUGCUGUUGAAAAUGCUUUUGCAGCAGUGGUUCACGUUAAGUACCCAAAGGCACUUGACAUGUUUGAAUGGAUAAGUCUUUAUGCACUGGGGGUCAUAUUCUUGAUAAUGAAUAUUGUUUUUGGAGCCUUUUGGCAUAAAUAUACAUCUAGCUCUAAGAGAUUACGCAGAAAACAUGAGCAAGAGUACAAAGAGCUAAAAGAAAAUUCAAAGAUUCUCAGAGAUCACUUUUCAAAUUCUAAAAGGGAUGCAACUCCUUCACAUCACUACUCUGUGGUAGCUGUAGAAGACAGUGAAAUGGUUCCAAGAAGGUAUUCAAAACUCCAUUUCAAACAAAAACUUAAAUGGAUGGGAAGAACCAAGAAAGGAAAAGACAAAAUAGUAAAAUCAAGUGCAGUACAACAUAGAAUAUAAACCUUAUGUGAUAUUUCAAGUGCUUUUAAUUUCCUACCACAUAUGUUAAACAUCAUAUUUAUAACUCUUAUAUUGUGUCGCUGGUUGAAAUAUAAAAAAAUUUACACUCUUUAACAUUGAAACUUCCUGGAAGUAGUUUGUAAUAACAUUUCAUGAAUUUUUAUUUUUUACUAUAUUUACUAUAUUUUUUACUUAUAUUUUAAUAUAUUUCUUUAAAUAAAAUUUUUAACGUUUUUCACCAUAAUAUAAUUUUUGUAUUAACAUGUAACCUAUAUAUUGUGUUUGGUAUUUGCAUAAAUGAAAAGUGGUGUUUUAAUGAUCUUUUAAAUCAUCACUGAAGGAUAAAGUAUUAUAAAAUAAAAAAUGUAGACAUAACAGUUGUUUUGUAUAUAUAAACCUACCAAA